AUAGCACAAAAAAGAGAAGAAUCUACGUAGACAACCAUCUUAUUUCCAGCGCAACCUGCAGUUAUCCUAAGUCCGAAAAACGUAAUUUUGACUGUUAUCCUGAAGUUUUCCUGAUUUACGCAUUAACAGAAUGGCGGAGGACCCUAAAGAUGACUACCUCAAGAAGAAGCUUCACAUCAAAGACCGGUUUAUCAAGAGACUGGAGUGCGAGAACCGUCAGUUAGAAAUUGACAAAACGUCACUCGAACGAAGGCUUCAGCAUUUAGAACAGCAACUUUACAUCAUGCUGAACGGGCCCCAGCAUCGCUUGGCCACAGACCCCCAGCAUCGCCAAGUCACAGGCCCCCAGCAUCGUCAAGCCACAGGCACCAGUAUGAGGCUCAUUGACAUUAGCCCCGCCGCUUACACCUUCGCUGUCUCAGAGCAAAACAGCUCCUUUCUUCCAGAGACCGAAAAUCUAGUGACUGCGUUUGACAAUGGGCAAUUGUUUAAUGAAAAUCUAGAAUCUACGUUGGAGAUCUCUUACCUAAAGGCGCGUCUCAAAAGUUCAGAGGCCGCAAGAGCAGUAGCAGAGAGGAAGUGUGAGAUCCUUGAAGAGAAGUUGCGCAGUUCAGGAGGCUUUCUGAAUAAGACUGGGAGUACAUUCCAGUCCAAUGCUGAUCAGAUGAGAGUAAGCACAAAUGAGUGUCAGCUAGAUCGCUAUGCCACGGCUGCAAAGCCUGUCGGUAUUGCCAUGCCGCUGUGCCGUCCUCAAACUGCAGUCACGUGCUCACGUGGCAGUCAGGGACCUGGGGCCGAAUGCGUUCGCCACACUGAUAGGCCGUUAGAAGAGCGUUUGGACGGUCUUCUGAGUCUGAUUGUUGGUCUUGACGACAAAAUAUCCGGCCUUACAAGGAGACUGGACCAAGCCUCUCUUGACGUCAGACGAGACGAGUGAAGGACGUUCUGCCGGUGGUGGUGGUGGAAAGCGCGGAGAAACUAUUAGAAACAUUUACUUUUGGCGACUGGAUAUAUAAUUCACCAGUUAGAUGUGUACAAAAACCUGCCAAUAUAACUUGUCCUUGAAUAAAGAGAUUUUUACUGUGAA